AUGGCGACUUGUCUGGACUCGGAGGGCUGGCACAUCGUGUCCCAGCAAAGAGAGUUCGAUCUUACUCCAUGUGUGGAGGAAGGCGUGCUUCUGCCUUCCAUUCUUGCUAUUCUUCUGAUCUUCGCCAUUUGGAGAUCAUGGUCUUUGUCGUCACUGCAAAAACAUGAAAUCACCGCCCGCAGUCUCAAGGUCCUUGGUAUCAAACUAGGAGUAUUGGCUUUAGCCUGUCUCACGAGCUGCGCUGUCCUUAUCUAUGUCUUGCUUUCCACUUACCAAGUGCCAAUACUACUGCCGUAUAUUCUGGAGCCUUCAGCAUUAUUCGUCGCUAUCAUUCUCACAUACUACAAUCAUCUUCACACGAGAUCAGCCUCCUCGGUCUUACUGCUGUUCUGGCCCUUUUACGUUCUCGGCCUCGCAGUAUGGGCUAGAACCUUAAUGUUAAAUGGCACCUCCGAAACUACGCAUAUAUUGGUCUCCGUGCGAUCUGCGACUGUUUUUUUGGGAUUAGUAUCCUUUAUUCUAGAAACAUUUGGCCCCGAAAGCGCUGAGAAAGGGUCUCAUGAUAGUCCUCUCGUCUCUGCCAACAUAUUCAGUAUAUGGUCUUUCUCCUGGAUGACACCCCUCAUGAAGAAAGGUGCUCAGACGUACAUAACAGAAGAUGACCUGCCAUCGUUGGUUCCGGGAGACGAAUCUGAUAAACUUGGCAAGGACUUGGAGAAGGCGUUGGCAAAACAUUCGUCACUGUGGAUAGCCUUGUUUUCCGCUUAUGGAGGGCCUUACCUUUUUGCCGCUGGCUUGAAAGUCAUUCAAGAUCUCCUUGCGUUCCUCCAGCCUCAGCUUCUCCGAUGGUUGCUGGCAUACAUAUCGGCAUAUCAGAGCUCUAGAGGUGGCCCUUCUUUAGAUCCAUCUUCUGCCCCGAGCCGGUUGGAAGGUUUUGCCAUUGCCACCAUCAUGUUCAUCGCGGCCAUAGUUCAAACCAUAGUUUUGCACCAGUAUUUCCAACGAUGCUUCGAAACUGGUAUGCGCGUUCGUGCUGGCCUUGUCACAGUCAUAUUCCAAAAGGCACUCGUUCUUUCCAACGAUGGACGGGGACGUGCAUCAGGUGAUAUCGUUAACCUGAUGUCCGUUGAUACUGCAAGGUUACAAGACCUAUGUACCUAUGGUCUUAUAGCUAUAUCAGGACCCCUUCAGAUUGUUCUUGCAUUUAUGUCUUUGUACAAUCUUCUAGGAUGGUCUGCCUUUGUGGGAGUCGCUAUUAUGGUUGUAUCCAUCCCGCUCAAUACUGCUAUCGCACGAUUACUCAGGACAAUGCAAGAACAACAAAUGAAAAAUCGCGACCAACGAACACGACUAAUGAGUGAGCUUUUGGCAAACAUAAAAAGUAUUAAACUAUAUGCAUGGGAAUUUACGUUUAUCCGACGUAUCUUGUUCGUCCGUAAUGAUCUUGAGAUGAAAAUGCUGAAGAAAAUUGGUAUCACCACUGCCUUGAAUACAACUUUGUGGACGGGUAUCCCAUUAUUGGUCGCUUUCAGUUCUUUCGCUACGGCCGCUGUGAUGUCCUCAAAACCCCUGACAGCAGAUAUUAUAUUCCCCGCUAUUUCCUUGUUCAUGUUACUUCAGUUCCCUCUUGCUAUGUUUAGUCAAGUGACCUCCAAUAUAAUUGAGGCUCUUGUUUCCGUGACACGCCUGUCGGAAUUUUUGCGUGCAGAUGAACUGCAAUCCGAUGCUCUGAUCAGAGUACCGAAGGAAGUUCUGCAGGCUGGUGAUGAGAUACUCUCCAUCAAGCAUGGAGAGUUCAAAUGGUCAAAGCAAACGAACGACCCGCCAACCUUGGAGGAUAUCAACUUGACAGUGAGAAAGGGUGAACUUGUUGGUAUUGCUGGUCGUGUGGGAUCGGGAAAGACUAGCCUUUUGUCUGCCAUCAUCGGCGACAUGAGGAGAACGGAGGGUGAGGUCACACUCUAUGGCUGCGUUUCAUAUGCUCCGCAGAAUCCUUGGAUACUAUCUGCGUCUGUUCGUGAUAAUAUAUUGUUCUCGCACGAGUACGACGAAGCUUUCUACAAUUUAGUGAUUGAUGCUUGCGCUCUCAGGCAAGAUCUGUCUCUUCUCCCACAAGGCGAUCUCACGGAAGUCGGCGAAAAAGGCAUAAGUCUUAGCGGAGGGCAACGAGCACGAGUAUCUUUAGCUCGUGCUGUAUAUGCUCGGGCUGAUCUCGUGUUAUUAGACGAUGUCUUAGCUGCUGUGGAUUCCCAUGUGGCUCGCCACGUAUUCGAGAAUGUUAUCGGCCCUCAAGGUCUCUUAGCUAGCAAGUCCAGGAUCUUGGUUACUAAUAGCAUAUCAUACCUCAAGCACUUCGAUCGACUGGCCUACAUACGUCGUGGCAUCAUUCUUGAGUGCGGUUCCUUCGAUACUCUUAUGGCUGACCCGGACAGUGAACUACGCAAAUUAGUGCAAAACCACACGACAGGUUCUACUUCUGGAUUUACUACUCCGGGCCAUUCCAGUGGCAUAUCAACUCCUAAAGUUGAAAGUGAUGACGAUACCGAGCUCACAACGAGCUUGGAAAUUGUCUCUGAAAAAGUGAAGCGUCGUGAAAGUUUCCGUAAAGCAGCCCUGGUCACGAAUCUGUCGGCGCGGGCGUCAAGUGAUGGGCCAACUAAAGAGCACAGUGAGCAGGGUAAAGUGAAAAUGGAGAUUUAUUACCAAUACCUGCAGGCUGCUUCAAAAAGAGGAUUUUUCUUCUUUUUAAUCGUGACCCUAUUGCAGCAGGUGGUAUCAGUACUAGGAAAUAUCAUUUUGAGGCAAUGGGGAGAGCACAAUCGCGCUGUCGGGGACAAUAGCGGGAUGUUCAACUACCUCAUGGGAUAUGGUCUGUUCUCGUUGGCUGGUAUUCUAUUUGGAGCAGUUGCGUCUGUUACGAUAUGGGUCUUCUGUUCCUUGAGAAGUGCUCGGUAUCUCCACGAUUCGAUGUUAGGCUCUGUUAUGCGUGCCCCAUUAAGCUUCUUUGAGACGACGCCGACUGGAAGAAUCCUCAAUCUGUUCUCUCGCGACACUUACGUUGUCGAUCAAAUAAUUGCUCGAAUGAUUCAAAAUCUUGUUCGCACUGCCGCUGUAUGUGUGUCGAUUGUUGUCGUAAUUGGGUUCAGUUUCCCACCAUUUUUGCUGGUGGUCCCUCCUCUCGGAUGGUUCUAUAGUAGAGUCAUGAUAUAUUAUCUUUCGACUUCCCGUGAGUUGAAACGGCUUGAUGCCGUCUCUCGAUCGCCCAUCUUCGCCUGGUUCUCCGAGUCACUGGCGGGCCUAUCCACAAUUCGUGCCUACAAUCAGCAACCCAUUUUCAUUGCUAAUAAUGCGCGGAGGAUUGACCGCAACCAGAUGUGCUAUGUACCAAGCAUAUCUGUCAAUCGCUGGUUAGCUGUGCGGCUCGAAUUCGUCGGCGCUAUCAUUUUAUAUUCCAGUGCACUGUUGGCUGUCACUGCGCUGGUGACGACAGGGGUAGAUGCAGGUUUGGUCGGAUUGGUAUUGUCUUAUGCAUUGAAUACAACCAGUUCUCUGAAUUGGGUUGUGAGAGCCGCAAGCGAGGUGGAACAAAAUAUUGUCAGCGUCGAGCGCAUCUUGCAUUACGUCACAGAUUUAUCCCCGGAAGCACCUCACGAAAUACCCGACCAAAAGCCUGCCAGUGAGUGGCCCCAACACGGAGCAGUAGAGUUCAGUCAAUAUUCGACGAAGUACCGGCCUGAGCUGGACUUGGUGUUGAAGGAUAUCUCAGUGUCCAUCAAACCGAAGGAGAAGAUCGGAAUAUGUGGUAGAACCGGCGCUGGAAAAUCAUCCUUACUCCUCGCGUUGUUCCGGAUCAUUGAGCCCACUUCUGGUACCAUUUAUAUUGAUGGAGUCGAUAUCACGAAGAUGGGAUUACAUGACUUGCGAUCAGUUAUUUCGAUUGUUCCGCAAAGCCCUGAUUUGUUCGAAGGAACCUUGAGAGAAAAUAUCGAUCCAGUGGGCGAACACCAAGAUGCCGACAUUUGGAUGGCUUUGGAUCAGGCUAGUUUUGGUGCUCAUUUGAAACUUUACGUGGAAGGUCUCCCAAUGGGACUCGAUUCUCCCGUCAAAGAAGGAGGGUCCUCUCUCUCCUCGGGGCAAAGACAGUUAAUCUGCUUUGCCAGAGCGUUGUUGCGCAAGUCUAAAAUUCUGGUGCUUGAUGAAGCCACCUCUGCUGUCGACCUAGACACGGACAGAGCAAUCCAGGACAUUAUUCGUGGACCACUCUUCAAUGACGUGACCAUACUCACGAUUGCGCAUCGAUUGAACACUAUCAUCGAAUCGGACCGAGUGUUGGUCCUUGAUACAGGAAAGAUUGCCGAAUUCGACUCUCCUGAAAAUCUGCUGAAGGAUAACACCUCCAUCUUCUACUCAUUGGCCAACGAAGCAGGCCUCACCCAAGGACGGGAAACCGAAACAACAGAGUCGUAA